AGGUGUGGGUUGUGUUGUGGGGGGUCCUCGGGACAACAGUAGAGAGAGAAUCCCAAUGCACAGAGCGAGAUAGCAGUGGAGAUUAAGCGUCACCCAAUAAAUAAAUACUCCCUCAUUUCUCUCUUUCCAUAGUCCACACCCCACCCUUCUCUCACUCUUCCCCCAAAAUCUCCCAAUCUCCCCUAUCUCCGACCCUUUCCCCUGAUGGGAUCCAUCUCAGCCCUAGAAUGAGAGACGAACGGUCCGAUAUGUCCGAAGACGACGCCGAUAAAGCACCAGAUCCAGGCGGAAGCGGCAGCGGCGGCUGCUGCUGCGGCACCGCCGGAUCUAACAAGGCACGCACCAUCGACGGCGGAGAUCCCUCCUCGUCGUCGUCCUCGGCCUCCCCAGAUCAGGUCCUUGAGAACGUCCUCGAGAACGUCCUCCACUUCCUCACCUCCCGCCGCGACCGGAACGCUGCCUCCCUCGUCUGCAAGUCGUGGUACCGUGUCGAGGCUCUCACCCGCUCCGAACUCUUCAUCGGCAACUGCUAUGCCAUCUCCCCGCGGCGGGCCGUCGACCGGUUCAGGCGCAUCCGGGCCGUCGUCCUCAAGGGCAAGCCCCGGUUCGCCGACUUCAACCUCGUGCCUCCCAACUGGGGGGCCCACUUCGCUACGUGGGUCUCAGCGCUGGCUAACGGGUGCCCUGGGCUGGAGAAGCUUUUCCUGAAGCGGAUGUCGGUAACGUAUGACGAUCUCUCCACGCUGGCCCAUUCGUUCCCGGGGUUCAAGGAGCUGGUGCUGGUGUGCUGCGAAGGGUUCGGUACCAGCGGUCUUGCUGUCAUCGCCAACAAAUGCAGACAGCUCCGAGCGCUUGAUCUGAUCGAUGAUGAUGUUAUGGACGAUGAAGUGGACUGGUUAGCUGCUUUUCCAGAUACUCACACCUGCCUUGAAUCUCUCAUCUUUGACUGCAUAGAAUGCCCUGUGAAUUUCCUCGCACUGGAGGGGCUGGUGGCUCGGUCACCGUUGCUGAAGAAGCUGAAAUUGAAUCGGCAUGUCUCUGUCGAGCAGCUCCAGCGCUUGAUGUUCCGGGCUCCGCAGCUGACGCAUCUUGGGACUGGGUCAUUUAGCUCAGCCGAGAUGACGCAAGGAGAUCAAGAGGUAGAUCUUUAUUCGGCUUUUGCUGCGUGCAAAUCCCUCAUCUGUCUAUCGGGAUUCAGGGAUAUCGUGCCUGAUUAUUUGCCCACGAUAACUCCGGUCUGUGGUAACCUCACGGCACUCAAUUUAAGCUAUGCAAACAUCAGUAGUGAGCAGCUGAGAUCUGUGAUCCUUUACUGUCAUAAGCUGCAGACUUUCUGGGUUCUUGACACGGUACGUGACGAAGGGCUUCAGGCUGUGGCUGCAACAUGCAAGGACCUCCGAGAGCUUCGGGUAUUUCCCCUGGAUGCUCGGGAGGAUAGUGAGGCUCAGGUCUCAGAAGUGGGUCUGAUUGCAAUCUCGGAGGGCUGUAGGAAGCUCCGAUCAAUUCUCUAUUUCUGUCAGCACAUGACCAAUGCUGCUGUUGUGACUAUGUCAAAAAACUGUCCAGAGCUUGUGGUGUUCCGUCUCUGUAUAAUGGGCCGCCACCUUCCCGACCAUUUGACUGGGGAACCCAUGGAUGAAGGAUUCGGAGCUAUAGUCAUGAAUUGCAAGAAACUUACUAGGCUCGCUGUUUCUGGUUUGCUCACUGAUAAGGUCUUUGCGUACAUGGGGAGAUAUGGCAAGUUGGUGCGAACCCUUUCGGUUGCUUUUGCAGGGAACAGUGACAUGGCUCUGAGGUAUGUGCUUGAGGGUUGCUCCAAAUUGCAAAAACUUGAGAUCAGGGACAGCCCUUUUGGCGAUGAAGCUUUGCUCUCUGGUUUGCACCACUAUUACAACAUGAGGUUCCUGUGGAUGUCCUCUUGUAAGCUAUCUCUGAGAGGUUGCAAGGAUCUGGCUCGGAGAAUGCCUCAACUGGUGGUUGAAGUUAUCAGGGAUAGAGAGGAAGAGGACAAUGACAAUUCUGUUGAGAAGUUAUACAUGUAUCGAUCUCUUGCGGGGCCAAGGCAGGACAUACCACGUUUCGUGACGAUCUUGUAGACUUCUUUUUUCUAGUCUAGGGAGGACAGGUUUGCCAUUCGCGUGGUGGCCCAAUGAGCAAGUUAGUGAUGAUCUUUCUGAUUACGCAAAGAAGAUGAAUAUGGUGAGUAGGGCUCCUAACUUGUAUUACGUUUCCCAUGCUCCUCAUUGCCGAAGGAGCGACCAUGCCUUAUUCUUUCUCAGCUUGGGCUGUUGGAAUGGCAUUUGCUGUAGAAGACUAAAACGAGCAUAUCUUUGUUGGAUGCAUCUCUUCUUUGUUUCUGUGAUUGUGAGAGGUUGAUGGAAAUGGGGAGGUGGAUGCAGCUGACAGCUAUUUUCCAAAUAUGACGGGCAGAUCAUUUGAUGUUGUUGUAUUGGUAGGCCAUUUAUCCGUAUAUUUCUUCCUGCGUUAUGCUGUUGUCAUAAAAGCAAGGCGUCAAGGGGCGGGCCUCUUGGAGGCUUUUAAGUAGGUAGCUGCUGCUAAAUCUCAAGCGAAGAAUUGAAGACCUCAUCUUCUGCAACUGGUACUUCCAUCGUGGUGUUGGAAAGAGGAAAGCUUCAUCUUUUGAGCUUUCUUUAGAUUGCAUUACAUUCGACGGCACUGGUGGCAGGUAUCAAGCAAGAUUCAUGAGGUAAAAACUGGAACUUUCUUGGCAUAUGUAGGGCGUAAGUGAAAUCUCAUCACGAAAGAGUAAGCUUCUUUUCUUCUCUUUCGUUCCUUCUUCGAACUUUAGUUUAUUUUAUUUGGUGCUGUGAUUGUUUGGACAGCAGAGCAAGCAAAUGCCUAAAAGUUUUUAGGAAUUGAGACUAGCUUGUUCUUCUCCUGUUUGCUUUAGAGAUUUUUUCCCCCUCCUUGGUUCUUGCAUGACUAUCUUUUUUAAGUAGUAAAGCGAGAAUGGUUAUUAAUGCAUGGAACCGAGAUUGAUUUA